UGCCGAGCAGAUGCUAUCCAAUGACAGCCCGCUUUCGCCAUGAAUGGCUCGGUGUGCGGCUGAUAGGAAGAAAAGAGGCCGGCAGCAACAAGUGCGGUGCGCAGGCUGCAACUCCCCGCCGCCCUGGACUGCACCGCCGCGCCGCCCCAGGAAGGGUGUGGCCGAGAGGCAGCCUCGGGAGCCGUCGUGGGCCUGGCUGCUGAACAAACUUGGGAGGUGCCAGCAAAUUAGACGCCCUCGAUCACGGCUCGGGGGUUGCCUGCCCUCUUUGCUCUGUUCUGAAAGGCAAGAGGAGUGAGUGGAUGGCUGGGGCACACCUGGGCCAAAUGCAGACCCAUCUUCACCUGCCUGAGGGAAGCAUUGUGAGAAUCACCAGUGCAAAAGAUCGUUAGAAAGACUAACUUUCUUCACUGUAGCAGCCAUGCUGGACUGCACUCUACUGCUUGGAUGAACAGCAUGUUUCUGGCAGUUGAGGCAUUUAGACCUGCACCAUUGUUGUGGUCUCAAACGCUCUUCUGCCUCCUCUUCUGUGCCCUUUCCUGUUAUUGUACUUCCUGCCCGCAUCCGUGUCAGUGCACCAACUACUCAGGAGAAACAGCUGUUCUGUGCAGUGCUAGCAACCUGGAAGAAAUUCCAAAGGAUAUUCCCAAAGACACCAUGUUCUUGAAGCUGGAUGCUAAUAAGAUCACUGCCGUCCCAAACAGCACCUUCAGGCACCUUGCCCACUUACAAGAGAUAGACCUCUCUAAAAAUGCCAUUGAGAAGAUCGAUUCUGCCGCAUUCAAGGGAGUGGCUGAUGGCCUGAGAUUACUUGAUCUCUCUGGCAACCACAUUCAGAGAAUCCCAAAGGAAGCCUUGGUCAAUUUGAAUGCCAUGAUUCGCCUUUCCAACAACCCUUGGCACUGUGAAUGUACUUUGCAGGAGGUGUUGUGGGAAGUGAAGUUAGAUCCUGAUUCGGUCAAUGAGAUCACCUGCCAAACAUCCGUGCAAGAAGAGUAUGCUGGAAAACCUCUGCUCCAUAUCCUUGAUUCAGGCAUCAACUUUUGCAACAUGCACCAGAAAACCACUGAUGUGGCCAUGUUCGUUACAAUGUUCAGCUGGUUUACCUUGGUCAUCAGCUAUGUAGUGUACUAUGUUCGCCACAACCAAGAGGACACAAAGAAGCACCUGGAAUACCUGAAAUCUCUUCCUAGCACACGGGUUCCUAAAGAGACAAUCAGCACUAUUCUGUAGUAGGGAAUGCAGAUUCUCAGCUGGACAUCCAGUUUUCUAAAACAGAGGAUGUGGUGUGGGAUACAGAACUUUUAUUUUGUAUUAAUUCUGCAAGUGGGUUGUUUUUUAAAGGGAUUCAAGAAGAGAAAAAACAUUUUUGUUCUAAACAUAGUUAUAAUUCUAAACCAAUGUUUGCUAUGUUUUGUGUUACAUUCCUAGCAGAAAUUAGAGAGAGCUUCAUAAAGGGACUGCUAUUCAGGAGAACACUUAUAUACUCCACAGGUGCCAACAGAGGCUUCUGAGAGUGGGAGAGAACUAAACAUCCCAUGGCAGAGCCACCAGAAUCUUGACAAAGAUAUCCAUGGUAUCAUAGGGAACCUAUAUGUGAUUGACUUUUGCUUGAUAGAUUUUACCUUAAGAUACGGGGGGGAGGGUGUUACUCCUCAGGAGUUUUUGGAACCACACAAAGUCCUGCCUUCAAAUUUGUAAUUUUUUUUCAAGCAUGCACACAUAGAUUGAUGACAUUUAACAAAGUAUAUUACGCUUCUCUUGGACUUAUUAACUGCUGCAACAGGAGUCCAUAUUUCUGUACUGUUUCCUCGUUUGUCACCGCAACUGCUAUUAAAGUAGGUGCAAAGCAGUAUCAGAGAACACAGUUGGGGAGCAGUUAUAUGAACCAUCUUGAAAAGGAAGGAAGCAUGAGUUAUGGAAAAAUGCUUGUUUCUAAAUAUGCUUCAUAUGGCAAACCCCAUUCCUCAAAAACUAAGCAAGACUGGAAUACAGAUUGUACAUUUAAAUGAGAGCUUUUGGCAAUGGCACCAUCCAAAGCCCAAGUAUUACCAAUCAAUGAAACUCCCAAGUGACAAUUGCAUUCAGGGUCUGAAAGUAACAAUUUUAAUAAACGUCCUUUGAUGAAAAAAAUAAAGUUGUAGCAAAAUUCUAGAUGAUUCUUAAAACUAUUUUAAAGGUUCAUAAGUUGUUGUGCAAUAUUCCUCUAACUUGUAACUUUCCAUCCUUAAGUAUCCUUUGUAAAAAAUGGAUAUAGCACAAACAAGGAUAGUGCAAUAGCAGAAGAACAGGAUGUCCUUUAACCUGAAAAAGUAUUUUCCAGACAAGCAGCUUAUAGUACAGUACUUGUACAUUUGGUUAUUAAUUGGCUGGGAAAGAUUCAGGUCGCACUUGGGAUGUGGGAAUUAUAUUGUGUUUACUAGCACUUAAAACUCUUACAUUUUGUUACAGGGAAAAUGCAAUUAUUCCCCCAGACAGCGCAACCAUUGUUCUUGUGGGGGUAUUGUAGAAUGUGGUUGUAUCUCUCGGGGACCUAUUGGAUACCAUCUGACAUCACUAGUGACUAGUUAGCUAUACAAAUUCAUAUAUUAUUUUGUGGAUUU